AUGCUUCGCGAUGAAAUCGAGCAGUUGAAGGCACGAAAUGAAGCUGCUGUCAAGGAGAUUCGAAAGUUGCAGGGCAAGUUAGCAACGGUUGUGGACCGUGAUAGCGAGUACCAGCAGCUGAAGGACGAGGUUGAUAUCCUACGAGCGCAGGACGCUUCGUGGAACCAGAAAGUGGACGAGAAUGCAGCAAGAUUGAGGAGCGUAGCACAAUCGCUGCAGGAAGAGCAGGAUGAAAUCGACAUCCCGCGGGCGCAGAACGCCUCACUGAGCUACGAGGUGAAUGAAGCGACAGCCAAGCUCAAGAACUUGGCGAAGCUAUUGCAGGAGGAACAGUUGAAGGUCAAUCAGUUGGAAGAGCAGCUUCACAGCCAGCUGCAACCACCGGCAGCUGCCGUUUUCGAAGAAAUCAUUUCGCCGAAGAAAGCGUACGUGGUCAAGUCCACCUCUUCAAGCGUUGUGCUGAAGUGUCGAAUAUCCGAGAAGGUCGACUACAUUCGGCAAUUGGAAGUGGAGAAGGAGCGACUGCUGCAAGAGAUUGUCGAACUGAAGGUCAGAUCAGGCAAGUUGCUGGAGAAGCUCAAGGAAUGA